AUGAAGAUCUUGGUCACAAACCUCCAGAUGUGGCCCUACUUUUCCAUAAAGGCUCUUCUUCUCAUAGUAGUUGUUGCCUUGAAUCCAGCAGCUGCCACAGCACAGAGUGACACAGAUGCCAAUGGAGAAGAUGUCUAUCCCCCACUGUGGGACUUUGCCCCUGAAAACCUUCUGGAUUUCCCAAUUAAGGACAACAACAUUGUCAUCAAUCCUUGGAACUAUCGAGAACGACUGGGAGUGUAUAAGAGCAUGCUAAAGGCUUCAGCCAAAUAUUUUAUGGCCUUUGGAUCCCAAAAUUCUGGCAACAUUCUCUGGGGAUUACCAGUGCAGCAUGGGUGGCAAUUUCGUACAGGCAGAUUAGCAGAUCCUACCAAUGGGACUUCCUGUGGCCACAGAAACCUGUGUAUAUCUGUAAGAAGUUGGUGGUCCUGUAUGAAUUACUAUCUGGCUAUCAUACCCUUUUUGGGUGCAGUGGAAGCUGGCCUCUUUGGAGAAGUGAAGUAUGAGGUAGAAAUUCUGCCGCCAGAGGACCGAAGAGAUGAUUUCUGUUACAGUGUUGCUGACUGCCGUUCCCGCAUUCCUGAGCUCAUGGAUGAGUGGAAGGCUUACUUUGAAUAUCUGCAGUCUACAGAGCAAAAAACCAUGAACUCGGCGAAGUCCUCCUUUGUGCUGGAUGAUGCUCUCCACUACAUGUGGAAGGCGCAUGUUGCCUCCAUUGCUUAUGCGCUGCCCAAAUUCCAGGACAGUUUAAAAUACCUUGCUGUUCCAGAAGCAAAUUUUGGUGAAGACUGGGCUAAUGGUGUAGAUUUCAUUGCAGCCACACAUUUCUCUACAGAUUUGCAGACCACAAACCACUUCCAGGCUUUCCUGCCCCAGAGGAUGCUUGUUGAAGGGGAUGUCCUCCCAUCCAUCAGUGGCUUCAGUUCACAGCAAAACAAAGUUCUUGUAUCACUGAGAGCUCUUAACAGAGCAAAUCAAUUAACAGGAGGACUGUCACUGAAGCUCUGGCAAAAGUCAAUGUCUACUGAAGCAGCAAGGAAAAUUGGCCGAAAACUGAUUGAGGACUUGGUUGCCAGUCCGAAUUUCGACUGGUAAACUGGUCUUGGUAAUUUCUUUACAGCAGGAUUUCCUGAAUAGCCAUGUGGGCAUCUCUCUUAUAUUGAAUCGAUACUUGAAUCCUUAAUUUUUUUUUUAAUUAGCUGAUUUGUUCAAUUAAUUUCCUUAAUAAAAUGCCUUACAAAAAAUAUCUAAGUUUAUUACUUUCUUGACUUCAUAAAUGAUGUAUCAUUAUUGAAGAGAAAAUUUAAGGCAACUUACAUUCAGUUUCGGACUGUUUCCUUCCCCCUGUAUACAGUGAUCACAGCAAAUAUGUACUCA